AUGAAGACGUGCGAAUUGAUUCCUCUGUUGAUCGAGAAGUUUUAUUUGGAAUCCAUCCAUUUGGAUCCUGGAAAGUGUGGACUCUAUGAGCAUUUUACACAUUCUGAAAGAAUGUUGGGUUUUGACGAGUAUCCUUUGCUUGUCCAACUAAACUGGUCGAAACUCGGUCAGGAAGGGAAAUUUAUUUUGAAAAUUACCGCUAGCGGCCUGGUGAAUCCAAAAACUGAUGCCCAACUAAAUGAAACAAAGUCGAACGAUCAGUUGAAAAAGAGUGUAAAAAAGUCGGCAAAAAAGCCAUCAAAGAAUAGUACUGGCUUUGAUGGUUUAUUUUGUGGUCGUGGCAUUGAAUAUGACGAGAAUGAGAACAUAACGAGUGGCUGUGGGCCCCGGAUACGAAAGCACGAUACUGUUGAAAAUAAUAGGAUAUUGGAGGACGAUCUCCACUCCGAGAGUCGAUGCCAUUCUCCUCCUAAUAGUACCUUCACCAGAAUGACUUCUGAUCCCGAGGUUCUUAUGCAAAAAACGCGUGGGACUUUAAAGAUAUAUGGUGAACUGGUUGAUCCGAGUGUGCCGUAUAAAACACUGCUACUCUCGACAAGGGAUUCUGUGUCUCACGUCAUUCGCCGGGCAUUGGACAAGUAUGGGCUUGAAUUUGCUGAUCCCGCUGCAUACUGCCUGAUUAUGCGAACCCGCUAUGCCAAUGAAAUUCCCGGAAUGCAAGCCUAUGAGGAGAUUUUACAGGAUGAUUUCUGUCCGUUGAAACUUCUACUUGCCCCGGAGUCCUCGCCUGAAGGAAUAAUAACGACGUUUGAGGUGUGUGUGGGCACCUCCCUCCAGCCCUCGACCAAGUUUCCGCUUCUCGUAACCCUCCCAGUGAACGUCCAUCCUGAAGUUAUUCCCUUCCACGUGGUUAUCUGGCAGCCACAGGAGACCACUACCACCAGUCACACCUCAUCUCGCUGCUCCUCCCGCGAUUGGCUCGCCUGUGCUCCUGUGGCCCACGAGACUCUUGCGCCCGUCCUCGUCAACGGUCGCCUGCUCACCCUUCCUCCAUUCCGACCCUUCAGCUCCGACCGCAAACUCCGCCUGGACCAACAACCCACCUUGGCCGCCCAUUGGCUUGCUCCCGGUGACGUCAUCCAAUUGGGAUCCGGCGGUUGCAGUCGGUUUCGCAUCUGGCCCGGCCCAAGUCCUCCACCAACUCCUAAGCCUGCAUCUCUUUUAUCCACCACUGGUGCUACUGGGCGCCAAACUAUUGUAAACAAUAAGUUAUCAGUAUCAACUCCCACCAGUGGUCGAAAUAAGUGUCAGCCAGGUGGAGUAAAAACGCAGACACCUCAGUUGCACCGGCGGCAUCAAUCACAUCAGCACCACUCUCACUACCAGACGCACCACAACAGCCGUCCGACCUCCAUGGAGUCUACAAAAUCGGAUCUCUCGGACACCACUACUAGUAGUAGUCUUCCCCUCUCACCUACUUCACCAUCUACAGUAGAGAUGGAGCCCACGAAGACGCCUCGGGAGUCCCUACUCACCCCUAGUCCCUCCUGUCGCACUCCCUCGUUUGUAGCAAGCACCAAAUGCACAUACACUCGGGGUUCGGUGAAUCACGACCUGCUCAGGCAGGAUUCGAGCUCUUCCACGUCGCAAACACUCUCCACAUCAGGAAUCGGGACUUGCACCAAACACACAGACAGUCGAUCGGGCAACGCUCUGUCAAUCCGCAAGACAUCGAGCGACCCCGGUGCACCCCCUCUCCUAGAUCGGUUGCCUUGUCAAUUGGCUUACGCGCCCUCCACUCUCGAUGCCUUGUUGGAUUGGCUGCUGCUGGACCCCUUCAGAGCCAGACGAAGCAGUCUGGGCUGUGAGCAGGAAACCUCUUCCUGUUCCUUGGGGCCCUCUUUUAGCGUCUAUCUCAUGUUGCGGGCCAUUUGUCGACAGUGUGACCGAUGGGAGGCUUUGGAGAAUAGGAAAAUGGCAGCUGCGUCUGCCUCAGAACUGAAAGUGAAGCAGCUUAUCCGCCGACAGCGUGAACUCCUAACUCUGUUCGUGGCAGUAGCAGAUCGCCUCGUGUCGGUGGAACGUCAUUUGAACGAGAACUGCGCUGAUGAACUCGCGAGUUCUCGCGAGGCACUGGAGGAAAGAGCCAGACGAGGCACUGCCAUCCUCUCCAACAUCAGUCAGCUACUACAUUUCAUCUCUAAAGACGUCGAUCUUCAACGCAUCUUCCAGUCCGACGGAGAAGGCGAAGGAGACUGUGAAUGCGGAACGGCCUGGCUUGCACUUGUAGACCGGGUUGCCGAGCUCGUAGAAUCUGUCUUUAAUAGCCUUUUGGCUACCCUGACCGCCCUCAUUGCUUCCAAGUCAUGCCUCCCAGCUCUUGUCGCCUCGUGGGAUCUUCGCGCGAACACCUGUCGAGACAACGAGGUGGAGGCGGAAGAGGGAGGAGGGGAGGAAAUUGAGAUCACCGAUGAUACAUCGAUGGAUGAUCUGUCGGACCCAGUGUUGGACGAGCUGACGAAGAUACUAGGGAUCCUGCACGCCAAUCUCGUGAAUCCGGCCUUCCUUGUUCAGUUGUUUGCCCGCCUCCUCCACUACACUGGCGCGCGCCUCUUCAACGGUUUGGUAGAGGAACCCGCGCGAGUUUCGCCCCAAUGGGGUCGCCUCCUUUUCGAGUGGAUCCACAAGAAACUCGUCGGGUGGGCGGAGCCCCAGGGUCUCCGUGUUGCUGUCGAGUGCUAUCUCACUCGUCUUUCUCAGGGGAUUCGCACAUCCGAUGUAGAGACAGUUAGCAGUGACUUUAACGACCUUGUCGUCUUUUCUUUCUUGAAGGCCGCAGAUCUGAUGCAAGCAGACACAACGACAGUGGAGGGUCUCUACAACACCGCAGUGGAUCUGGACCGGCUGAACUCGACACAAGUGCGAUUUCUGCUGCGAGCCUACCGACCGUCAUACGCGAGGCCUUUGCGCCACUUUAUCUCCCCUGAUGCGCCUUCAGACGCCACCUCUGAGCACAUCCCUACUCAGUGGAUCGACUUCAUCAUAUCUGGUGUCAGCCAGGUCUCCGAUCGUUUACUGUCAGAGGAGUCCGAGCAGCCAGACUGGAAACCUCAGCUUCUUGAGGCACUGGAUCUUCGACUGCCACUGCUGCUCCCAGACGACUGCUACCCCUCCUCCACUCCCAUCAGAAACCCCCACCUUGAGCCGAGUACUCAGACUCUGGCUAAGCCUCAGGCACUUGAGGUGGGAACUGUGCCCACCAAGAACCAAUCAGGUACCGUAGAGGUGGCCCACCUCACCACCUUCCUGCAACCGGCGCUGCUGAGUGGGUGGUGCCGCCUCUCCGUGCGUCAUGUGCCCAGUCUGCGUGCCGAGCCUUGGCUCUCGUGGGAUGUCUACUUGGCCAUCCAGAAUACUUCUACUGGCCAUAACGACCGACCAGCUGAGGAAUCUGAGCCACCUCGUGACAGUCCCGGACCCAAGACUCCACCAGCUUUUGAGGCUCCCUCCCCCCCACUUGAGGGAAAGACAGAAGUCAGCCAACCUGACUCACCCUCACCUGAAUCUGCGUUUGAUUUCGGGUCAACUAACACUUCCGAGUCCCUGAAAGCGGAAGAAGCAAGGAAUGUGCGGGUUUUCACCGUCUCAGUGCCCAAAAUCGGUAACAAUCUCGGCCUCAGUAUCGUUGCCGCCCGAUCCGAGGACGGAAGUGACCUGGGUAUCUAUGUGAAAUCCGUGACACCGGGCGGAGGAGCCUCCCAGGCGCGUUGGCUGGGCGAGGAGGAAAGCGAGCCACCACCACAGCCAGUAAUUGGUCCGGGAGAUCGAAUUCUGGCAGUAGACGGACAGGAGACUCGUGGGUUAUUGCAGGAUGCGGCGGCGCGUCUAGUCAGUCUGGCUGGCUCCGAGGUUCGUCUCACCCUGGCCCGCAAUCUCGGACUGGGCUGCGUCGCUGCUGCCGUGCCUACGCACGAACUGCGGAAGCGCAACGGCCAGACUCCCUCGUGUCGCAACGCCACCGUUACCUCUGCAUCACCUAAUCCAUCUCUCCAGCCUACCGAGGCGGUGGAGACGAAUCCAAUGAAAAGCGUGUCAUCAGUGGCGCCCCCAAAGGUUUGUCCUACCGUGGUUCGCACCGCCUCUAUCGUCACGACUAAUCGGCAGAAUGUGGAGCAGGUAGAGUUAAAUUCGGACGGCAGAGAGUCCGUGUCGCCGCCCUCGCCGCGAGUGCUGGUGGAGACGCGGUAUCUACUAGCCCACGAGGUGCCCCCCAGCAGUGCCAUUCAACGCAGUCGCUCUCUCAUGACCCACGAGGCACCUGGUCGGCGCUUCUCUGUCGAACGUGGCAGCUGGGACUCCACCGAGACCACGAUGUACUCCCAAGCACCCUCCUCCACUACUGACGCCUCAGCCACUAAUCGAGCCUCUCUUCAUCCUCUCGACAACAAGGCUGCUGACCGGAUUCUAAGACCAACCAAGGUGCUUCCGCUGAAGAGCAAGCAGUACAGCAGUUGGGAGGAGAUGGAUGUGGAUGCAACGUUGGAGAUGUUGAAGGAAAUGCGAGACCAACUGGACCGCAGUCUGGCUCUUCGAAACCAACGCGUCGCCCCUUUGCAUCCAACCGCUCCGCUGUUAUCUACCACCACGGAGUGGAAAGCGUCGUAUGGUGGAAGUAGGCUACGGGAUGCCGGUGAACCUGGACCCCUCAACCCUCCACGCGCGGAGCACUCAUCCCUAGACAAGGCAGCGUGGAAGGAGGAGAGCUCGGCUCUCCGCACCACGUCAGACCGCAAGUAUUCCACGGGCGUUGCACGUUCGGCCUCCACGUACUCGCCUCUGACCUACAAGUCUUCCUCCUCUGUUGACGACCCACAUCGCAGCACAUUCAAAUUCCGCACUCCCGCCGCCACCUUCAGCACCGGUCCAAGCAUCACGCGUUCAAACACCUCUGAUCGAAUUCACUGCGGCCCAAAGGCCAUUUACUCUGUGAGGGUUCCCUUCAAACACAAUGUUUCCACGGACCACCUGCACAACCGUGGCCAUCCCGCCUCCGCCAUUGCCACUUCAAGGUCCUACGACUUCGAACUUGAACAUCGACGCACCCAGAGUGCUGAUCAGACCCUCAGUGAUAGCGUCGAUGGUGGCCGACGUCCAAGUGUUGCCGAGCGUGUGAAACACUUCCAAGGCGUCAUUGAAAAUCAGUCGUGUCUGUUGAUGGCGGAGGAGAACUGUGAGGCAGCGCAUACAGCGAAGACCUAUCCCCUUGUCUUUCGAGGUGGACGCCGAUUAGUCAAGGUCCCCCCACUGCCCAGUUCUAGGACCCUCCGUGGUCUCAUUGACUACCUCAGAGGUAAUCAAACCGACCCCUACAAUAUAGUGAUGCGGUGUCGAGGGGAGUGCAUUUUAAUUGAGGAGUCUCCAGAAUCCGACCCAAAUAGGGCGCAGCAUGCGGAGGCGACUCCCAUUAGUGAGCUGGACCUCUCGAAGUAUGAGGACACUCUUUCAAAAUCUACUCCUCAGGUCUAUGUCACAAACGACCCCUGUCCUCAUUGCGCCAGUCAAGGUCUGAGUAUCAGUGCACGGAACGCUCGAAUCAAUUAUCAACUUGGAGAUGCGAACAAGGGACCGAUAGUGAGUCCCUUUGUGGCAGACAUACGCUGCGGAUGCGAAUUUCCGUGUAGAAUAAAGUGCUUCCUCACCGAUCCAGAGGCAUGGCCGUUAAAACGACUGGUAAAGCUCACCUCCUGCCUGUCCGACCUCACCUCCGCGUCUGCGUAUAUUUCGACAAAGGAGGUACGGGUGGUGCUUCGGCUCAAUGACCAUCUGCGAAAGGAGGAGGGCCUGCGAGGUUGGGUCCUGAUUGUGGAGGGCAAAACACAGGAGGCCGUCUACUCGGUACUUCGCUUCAUUGAAAAGAGACUGAUUGAUGAGAAGAUAGUGGAGUUGGUUGGAAGCACAAAGAUUCAUAAUGCUCAGCUUCUCUUCAAAAAUUUCUCCCAUUGUGCUGGGCGGUCUGAUUUCUGUCGGUCUUCAAGCUACCAUGGGCUAGGAGGUCACGGUAAUCAUGCUGAGGAUAGCCACCUUGGAAACAAUGAACAAUCGCUUGAUUUUGGACAUCGUUCAGGUAUUCAUGGUCUUGAUCAUUACAAUAGCUUCUCAGAUAAUUCUGGUCAUGAGUUGUACCCGGAACGCAGCCAGAGCUCCACUGGGCAUGUUGUUAGGACACGGCGCAGGAAGGCGGGUGGAAUGGAGGCGGCUCGCGUUUGUGUUGUGUGUGGUGAACCUGCUUCCGGAUAUAAUUUCGAUCGUCUAACAUGUGAAAGCUGUAAGGCAUUCUUCCGCCGGAACGCUCUUAAGCCGAAGGAAAAGAUCAAGGCCUGUGGUAGAAAUGGCGACUGUAACAUUGAGGGAAGUCAACGAAAGCACUGCCCUUCCUGCCGACUUGAAAAGUGUCUUGCAGUCGGAAUGAAAAAGGAGUUGAUUCUGCCCCCCGAGAAGUUGGAACAGCGCGCAAAGCCGAAGCGCCGAAAGCAACAUCUGACAAACGAUGAUGGGGAUGGAGGUGGUGGUGGGGGCGGAGGAGGUGGGGGUGGUUCAGCGGCACCGCCGGGUCUACUCCCCUUCUCCACCCCCACGGGCGCUGUCGGGGCCUUUCCUGUCUCAGCCACCUCAUCUGCCACUCUGCACCACUCACAACACCUUCAGAGCCCUCGUAUGUCCGCUUCACACUUCCCCACUGAUGCGCACGACUUCAUGGCUUCACGAACUUUCAACACUCUAAUCACCGACAUGGCGGGUUCCUGCGCCGGACAGGGUCAGUUCAUGUCGCUGAGCGGGCUGUCCGAUCCCCAGGCGGCCGCCGCUGCUGCAAUGAAGUUCCACCUAGCCAUGGCUUCAAACACUGGCCGGACGAGCGCUGGCACCACUGGUGCCGAUACCUUCGAUCAUCCCGCCUCACACCACCGUCUGCCACCACAACCUCCACCUUCGGGUCAGUUUGCACCUCCCGAGGCGCCCUUCCUGCCCGAAGUGAGCUCCGCUGCUGCAGCUGCUGCCGCCGCUGCGGCUGCCGCUGCAGCUGCUGCUGUCCCCUUCCUCGAUGCCAGACUUCCUCGACCGACCGCCUGGCAGCAACAACAGCAGCAACCUCAUUCUCUGCCUCAUCUUCCACCGCCUCGACUCUCCUCAACACCCUCCGAGACCGCCAAAUCUAUCGAAAGCCCCUACUCAGCGGCCGCUACACCGACGGCUACAGGGUGCUCGGGUUUGCUGCGGCCACGGCAGUGUCGUUACCGUGACUUCCAGAGCCUUUGUUAUCACAGCACCUGUCGUCGGGCUUUGUUGCGGCAGCACCGUCGCCUACUGAACUCCUCCUCCUCCUCCUCUUCCUCAGCAGUUGUGGCUGCGGAGGCGGGUGGACUGGAGUUGGAGCGUCCAGACGAGCGGCUCUUCACGUGUCUUACGGAGUGUGUGCAGCGUAUCCGUGAGCCCUUCUCGCCUGAAGAGCCGUUGGACACUCAUGCGGCGGAGACUCUGGAACAGGAGUACAACCGUAUGGACACCUGCAUUCGACGCAUCAUACGUGUGGUCAAGAUGCUCCCUUACUUCAAUGAAAUCGGCAAACCUGCUCAACUGGGUCUUCUGAGAGCAAAUAUCUACGGGAUGAUAGUGCUCUACUCCUCCUUCUUCUUUGAGCGUGAAAUUAGGAAGUUGCGCUAUCCUGUGAAGCAGGCAGACGGAAGCCUCACCACCGUUACGGUCUCCAUGUUGGACGACCUAGCACCCUCCGUGGUCAGCGAUGAAAAGGCCUUUUCUGCCUUCCUUUCCGGCAAACAUCGUCAUGCUGCCUCUGCUGCUGCUGCUGCCACCAGUCUGAGGGAGGACUUUGAGCUCUAUAAGGCGAACACGUUGGCAGCCUUCAACCACUUGGAGGAGUUAACUGGGGAGGACGACAUCCUACGAAUGACGCUGUUAGCGAUUAAGCUCUUUUCCGAUGACUCGCUAUCGGACGAGUUGCAGUCGGUGGUGGUGUCCUCGAAGCGCGUUUACCUCGUCUUCCUUUGGACCUACAUUCGGUGGCGUGCGGGCCCCAAGCACCUGCGCCAGGCCACCGAGCUCUUCGCUCGCCUUCACCUUGCCUUCAUAGAUUUGCGCUCCCUAGAGAUCCGCAUGACGGAGUUUGCCAAACUUGUCUCCCUCGAGGGCCUCUCGCCCCUUAUGCGCGAGAUUUGCUCCCUUCGCUCCAACGGUAGCAGUGGUGCUGGGGGUGCCGCAAUCCAACCGGAGAACGAUAAACUGGUCAUUGCAUAG